AUGAGCUCUAACAGCAAUCGUGAUACCAGUAUCUACGUGGGGAACAUUGAUCCCAAAGUUACUAAAGCCCAACUCUAUGAGUUAUUUGUACAAAUAAGUCCCAUUCGCAGGAUCAGGUAUCCUAAGGAUAAAGUCCUACAGAUUCAUCAAGGAUAUGCAUUUGUAGAGUUUUACAGUGUGGAAGAUGUACAGUAUGUCUUACGUGUCAUGAAUAAUGUUGUUUCCUUAUAUGAUAGGACUCUAAGAAUACGAAGAGUCAACGGCCCCGGCACCAAUAAUUCCGUAAAUGCCAAAGAAUUAUCGCUUCUGCCGUUAGCUAAGGUGUUUGUUAAGAAUGUGGAUGAGUCGAUCGAUAACGUACACCUUUCAAAAAUCUUUGGAAAAUUUGGUCCCCUAGCAAGUCUACCAGAAAUCUUCUAUUUAUCCCAUGGUCAAUUAAGAUGUGCAUUUGUAUAUUUCAGAGAUUACACACAUUCUGAUGCUGCUAUCAAGUCUUUGGAUAACCAAUUGGUGGUAAAUAGACGAAUAAAUUUGGAUUAUGCAAUUAAGGAAAAUAGUCAACAAAAUUCUAAAUACGGGAGUGAUGUGGAUAGAUUGUUGAACAAAGAAGCUCUUAACCAUGAGAUGCUAUGA